AUGCCUCUCUUCGGACACAAGAACACAGAGCCAACCCCUGCGCAGACAACAGCACCCAGAUACUCGAACUCGUCGGCCGAUGGCAGCCCCCGAAGGGGCUUUUUCAACCGCCAUCGUUCAUCCUCUGCCUCAUCAGCAGAUAACUACGACUCACAUAAUAACCGCCGCCAGGGUUCCAAAGUCUCUCGUUCUUCGACCACCCGAGGCUCUGGCGGGUUGUUCCACCGUAACCACGAAGACCCAUCCAUUGUUGGCGCCCGCGAGCGAGUGCUCCAGGCCGAAACAGCCGAGAGGGAGGCGGACCGCGCCCUCGUUCAGGCAAGAGCAGCGGUGAGGGAGGCUAGAGACCGUGUCAAGAUGCUUGAACGUGAGGCUGAGGAGGAGGCUCGUCUGGCGAAGAUCAAGCAGACCCAAGCCAAGGACAUUUCGAAGAGAGCCAAGCCUCUUGGACGCCACGACCAUUAUUGA